AAGACAAUCCAAGAUCGAUUUUUUUUGUUGGCGUUGUGUGUCGCUGCGUCUGCAUGCUCUCGCUCAUGCGUGCGGUAGUAAUGCGCAUUCACAUCGCAUUUUCAACAAGUUGUUAAGAGACGGCGGAAAAAAAGUACUGAGUAAAGCAGUUUCUGCAAUUUCAGUAUGUCCACUUUUGACUUGACAAAGCCGGCCGAUAGCUCUGAAAGUGAAGAUGACGACUACGUUCCAUCGGCCGAGGAGAGCGAAGGCGAUGAGUCUGAUGCCGAAAACGACGCCGGGAGUGACGCUGAGGCACCUGCUGGAAAAAAGCCGAAGGGAACAAAGAAAAAACAGUCGUCAAGGAAACGUAAGGGUGGAAUUCAUUUGGAGGGUGAUGUUAGUCCAGCACACGACAGUCCUGAUAAGGUAGACGAUGUAGAGGAGCUAGUUUCUGCACUCACCCCGGAAGAAGAGAAGAAGAAAGCAGACGACCUGUGGUCUGAUUUCUUGCGUGAUGUUGAACCUAUUCCUAGGAAACGCACUGUUCCUGCUGCAAGUGCAGUCUCUCAGGAGCCUAGCAAACCAUCUUCUUCAACCACAAGCCCGCAAGAAGUACCAGAGAAGAAAGUCAAGAUUACUCAGAUGCUGGAAUUUGCUGGAGAGACUAUCAAGGUGGACAAGGAAGUUGCUGCCGAUUCUAAGGAAGCACGCUUAUUUGCUCAGAAGGAAGAGACUGAACAGACGAAGUCACCAGUGUUACCUGGAAAAAGGAAGCCUAUUGGUGUUGGAAAUGUCUUGAAUCAGCUCUUCAACAAGAAGCAGAAGAUUAGCACACUGGAGAAGUCUAAGCUGGACUGGGACAACUAUAAGAAGACUGAGGGCCUUGUGGAAGACCUCCAGAGUCACAACAGAGGCAAAGACGGGUACCUGGAGAAGCAAGCAUUCUUGCAGCGGGCUGACGUUCGCCAGUUUGAAAUUGAAAAGAACCUGAGAGCCAAGAACAGGUCAUCACACUACCUCUGAACUAGAGUCUGAAU